AUGAAACGCGAUGACUCGAACAGAAGCGUUUCAAAAUAUUCAGCACAACGGCGCAUGAGUGCUGGACAGGCGUCCUAUGCACUGGGCGGAUGGCGUUCGAAUUCCCUUACUAUAAGCACAUUAGCACAGCACUCUGCUUAUUUAGCUGAAAAACUUUUAAACGAAGAAAAAGAAGAAAAGGAAAGGAGUACACCAGUUUCUUGGUAUAAAUUAUAUAAGUAUGCUACGCCGUGUGAGAUACUCUUGCUGCUGGUUGGAGUUAUUAUGGCCUGCUUAAAUGGCUUCUUUGUGCCCCUGGGUUGCAUCAUCUAUGGCGAGUUCACGGCGCUACUCAUCGACCGGACAGUCAUGACCGGCACUUCGACGGAAACGAUCACCAUAGUACUAUUUGGUGGAGGCAAAAUACUCACGAAUGCAACGCGAGAAGAAAAUAGAGUUGCUUUAAUUCAAGACUCUCAGGCUUUUGGCAUCGGUUGCACAGUGUUCUCAAUAGGACAACUCUUAGUUGGUCUGAUCAGUGUGGAUAUCUUCAACUAUAUAGCACUCAAUCAGGUGGACAGGCUAAAAGCAACGUUUCUUAGAUCAGUUCUCCGUCAGGACAUUACGUGGUACGACUUGAACACCACAAUGAACUUCGCCACCAAAGUGUCCGAUGACAUCGAGAAAUUUCGGGAAGGCAUUGCGGAAAAAGUACCAAUCUUCAUUUACCUGGUGAUGUCAUUUGUCACGUCAGUGAUCAUCUCCUUCGUCUAUGGCUGGGAACUAACUCUAGUACUCCUAUCGUGUACACCAGUGGUCAUCGCUACCACAGCCGUGGUUGCUAAGAUACAAUCGUCACUGACCUCUCAAGAACUAAAAGCGUACAGCAUAGCAGGAGUUAUAGCUGAAGAAGUACUCGCUGCCAUUCGAACAGUUAUCGCAUUUGGAGGAGAAAAAAUAGAAAUAGCGAGAUAUUCAGAGCGGCUGGAACCUGCUAAAAAGAUGGGUAUGAAGAAAGGUGUUUUUGCAGGCUUGGGCAGUGGCGUUAUGUGGUUCAUUAUUUACGCUACGUACGCCCUAGCCUUUUGGUAUGGUGUUGGUCUCAUCUUGGACAGCAGAAAUGAAGAAAAACCUUUGUACACUCCAGCCGUACUUAUGAUUGUUUUCUUCAGCGUACUACAAGGAGCUCAAAACGUUGGAUUGACAGCUCCGCAUAUGGAAGCUAUUACUACGGCUAGAGCAUCAGCCGCGUCAGUAUACGCAGUCAUCAAUCGACACCCAGCGAUAGACAUAUUUUCUACUGAAGGCGAGAAACCAGAACUCAAAGGUGAUAUCGAUUUUAAAGACGUACACUUCCGAUAUCCUGCAAGAAAAGAUGUACUGGUGUUAAACGGUUUAAGCCUGACCAUAAAAGAAAAUGAGACUGUUGCCUUAGUGGGUCCAAGUGGUUGCGGCAAGUCGACUAUACUGCAACUGAUUCAGAGAAUGUACGAUCCUGACGCCGGUAGCGUGUCGGCGUCCGGCAACGACUUGAGAAAUAUGAACGUCAGGCAUUAUAGAAAUCACAUCGCAGUUGUAGGACAAGAGCCGGUACUGUUUGCCGGCUCUAUUAGAGAAAAUAUCAGAAUGAGUAAUCCAGCCGCCACUGACAAAGAAAUCAUAACAGCGGCAAAGGCAGCAUAUUGCCAUGAUUUCAUUAAGAAAUUACCUGACGCAUACGACACAAUGAUCGGAGAGAGAGGUGCGCAACUAUCCGGAGGACAAAAGCAACGCAUUGCUUUAGCAAGAGCGUUGAUAAGAAAUCCCAAGAUCUUGCUCCUUGAUGAGGCCACUUCGGCUCUCGACUCCCAGAGCGAGGCCAAGGUGCAAAGAGCUUUGGACGAAGCCGCUGUAAUAAGAACCACCAUUAUGGUGAGCCACAGGUUAUCAACAGUAUUGAAUGCAGAUCGAAUAGUAUUUCUGGACAAGGGCGAAGUGAUUGAAGAAGGCACUUACAUAGAACUGAUUGCUAAAAAGGGGCGGUUCUACCAGCUCGCGGCGGAAAAUCAAGUUGAGAGGGAUGAAAUUGUAACUCCAAUCUCUGCAACUCGAGUACCAUCAAAACACGCAAAAAUUCUAAAACCGAAAAGGGUAAAAUCACUAGACUCUAUUGAAAGUCGCGCGUCUUCGGUGUCGUCCGUAUCGUCAGAUGGUUCGAUGGAAGAAGAGGAAAAAGAGGAACCAGAAUACAUCCCAACGACUUGGGAGAUUUUGAAGCUAUGUGCACCUGAGAGGUGGUUGAUGGUAGCGGGCGUGGUUGCAGCUAUAGCUGUCGGCUCUUCUUUUCCGACGUUCGCCAUUCUUUUUGGAGAGACUUAUGGGUUUUUGGAGAGCCCUGACUCCGAGUGGGUGCGAGGUCAGUCGAAUGUGAUCGCGAUCCUGUUUCUACUCGUCGGAGUUUACACUGGCAUUGGCAUCUUUUUCCAAAUAUUCAUAUUCAACGUCACGGGUGUUCGACUUACGGCCAGACUUCGGGUGGCAGCAUUUGAAACCAUGUUAAAACAAGAAAUUGGUUGGUUUGAUGACCCUAAGAAUGGAGUCGGUGCCUUGACGGCAAGACUGGCGGCAGAUGCGGCAGCUGUCCAAGGAGCGACAGGUACACGUAUUGGUGCUCUAAUGCAGGCUACAGCCACGAUAGUGAUUGGCAUUAUGCUGUCGAUGUACUUCACGUGGAAGAUGACACUGGUCUCCCUGGUCUCGGUGCCGAUGGUCAUCGGUAGUGUGGUAAUGGAAGGCAGAGUAUUAUCUGUCGGCCUACAACUGGUUCGUGAAGCUUCGUACAGAGCAACAACCAUUGCUACUGAAGCCAUCUCCAAUAUAAAGACCGUCGCCGCUUUCUGUGGUGAAGAGGGUGUGAUUAAACGGUACCACGAUGCGUUUGUGGGCGGUCGAGUGAUGGCGCGCAAGAGUCUGCGUUGGCGUGGCACUGUGUUCGCGUUCGGACAGACUGCGCCAGUUGCUGGGUAUGCCUUGUCUUUAUGGUACGGUGGAGUACUCGUCGCCGAAGGAGAGAUACACUACAAGAGCGUAAUUAAGGUAUCUGAAGCUCUUAUCUUCGGAGCUUGGAUGAUGGGUCAGGCGUUAGCGUUCGCUCCUAACUUCGGUGCGGCGGUGAGCGCUGCUGGUCGUGUUAUGACGCUGCUUGCCCGGAAACCUAAAGUAGCUGACACGGAGUCACCUAGUGUACCGAUUGAUUACGUGGCCGAGGGUAAAAUUCAGUACAAAAACAUAAAGUUCCGAUACCCAACACGACGCGAAGUAGAAGUGUUAAGUGGACUGUCAGUGCUUAUCCCGUUCGGCAAACGUGUGGCUUUCGUGGGAUCUAGCGGCUGCGGGAAGUCCACUCUCAUCCAACUUAUACAGCGACUUUAUGACCCUGAUGAAGGCAGUGUGUAUAUGGAUGACCACAAUAUAGUAACGGAUAUGCGUCUGGCAACAUUACGGGCGAACCUUGGCAUCGUAUCACAGGAACCGGUGCUUUUUGAUCGAACGAUCGCGGAGAACAUUGCUUAUGGAGACAAUAGGCGCCAGGUUACCAUUGAAGAAAUCGUCUCAGCAGCCAAACAGGCUAACGUUCACACUUUAUAUCGGCAUUGCCUAACGCAUACAAUACACGUGUCGGUGCCCGCGCAUCCCAGCUGUCAGGGGUCAGAAACAGCGCAUAGCAAUAGCGCGGGCACUCGUGCGGAACCCACGCGUGCUACUGUUAGACGAGGCGACGUCAGCUCUAGAUACACACAGCGAAAAGGUAGUACAAGAAGCUCUAGACCGAGCCAGCGAAGGCCGCACGAGUCUUAUCAUAGCGCAUCGUCUAUCCACAAUACAAACAGCGGAUAUGAUCGUAGUUAUAGCUAA